AGGAGUACUUGUAAGUUGAAUAUAGAACGUGGAAAAUGUUAAUUUAACAACUACGCGGUGCAAUCACACCCAAAUCUCCACCAAUAAAUACCGCUAGUCAAACAAACUCAUCUUCAAUACUCAUCCACCCUUUUUUGUAGAUUAGACUCCACAUCAAGAUUCCUGAAACAUCUUUUCCUUAAACAACAUCUGUGUGUCGAAGAUUCAUCCUCAGUGACGGUGCUGGUCGGAUAAUAUUGUCCGAUAACCCAUGAAUCAUAUUUAACCGACACGGGCCCUACAGAAAUCAGUUAUCAGACAUCUGCCGCUUACGAUCAUUAUAAUCUUAUCCUCAUUUCUCAUCCGCUUAUCGAUUCAUUUUUGUCUAUUUAUAUUCUUUAUUGACCGGUUUCUACACCCCAGUACUUGGGUUUUACAUAUACAAAACUACUCUAAUUCUAUUAAAAUUUUAUUUGGGGGGUUUUUGUGAUGGAUGUAAUUGUGGCUAUUUGUAAGGUGUUGCCGGAUGUUAUUGGGAUGAUUGUGCCCAUUUGGGUUGCGGUUGUUUUUGGGGUUUUGGUUGGGUGGUUGUGGCGGCCCAAAUGGGCUCGUUCUGCUAUUAAGAAUUUAGCAAUUCCUACAAAGAGUAGUUUUGUUUCGGUUUCUGGUUUUGGGUUCCCGAAAGUUGCGUCAUCUGAGCCGUCUACAAUCUUGUUUUCUGAUACCAGUUCGUCGUCGAAAUUGGAUGGUGAGAUGAAGAAUUUUGUGGGAGAAGAAGAUUUGAAGCAUAUAUCUAAACUUGUUAAUGAGACAGAUGGAGGUCCUGCUUGGAUUGGGAUGAUGGAUAAAUCAACUUCAAAUAUGAGCUAUCAAGCUUGGAGGAGAGACCCUGAGACUGGACCUCCACAAUACCGAUCGCGAACGGUAUAUGAAGAUAUGUCGCCUGAAAUGAUGAGGGAUUUCUUUUGGGACGACGAGUUUCGGUUGAAAUGGGAUGACAUGUUGUUAGAAGCCGAGACCAUAGAAGAGUGCCCGAACGAUGGAACAAUGGUGGUUAAGUGGGUUCGUAAGUUCCCGUUUUUUUGUAGUGAUAGGGAGUACAUAAUCGGUCGUAGAAUUUGGGAGUCCGGAAAAGCAUACUACUGUGUUACAAAGGGCGUGCAGUAUCCAUCUGUACCACGUCGGACUAAACCAAGACGUGUCGACUUGUACUAUUCAAGUUGGUUCAUUCGUGCAGUUGAAUCAAGAAAAGGAGAUGGACAAAUGAGUGCAUGUGAAGUGUUACUAUUUCAUCACGAAGACAUGGGAAUCCCAUGGGAAAUCGCAAAACUUGGCGUUCGUCAAGGAAUGUGGGGGGCUGUGAAAAAUAUUGACCGUGGUCUUCGUAGAUACCAAAAACACAUGACAUCAGGCGCGCCUCUAUCUCAUUGUGCUUACAUGGCGCAUAUCAACUCAAAAAUCUGCACGGAUCGGUUAAAACAACUAGAGAACACAUCAAAUGAUUCACAAGAAAUCGUAACUUGUGAACAGACGGUGAAUGAUGAGAAGCCUUCGGGGAAGAACAUUCCAAAGCUUUUGGUUGUCGGUGGUGCUAUUGCGCUUGCGUGCACAAUUGAUAGGGGGCUGUUGUCGAAAGCGGUGAUACUUGGAGUUGCAAGAAGAUUUGCAAAAGUGGGAAGGAGGUUGUGAUAUAAUUUGUAUUUUGUUUUAAUCAAUCUUUUAUUAGAUUCAUGUUGCAGCUUAUGAUCAUGGUGAUAAGAUAGUAUCCAUGUAUUUAUUUUGAAUGAUUCUUCUAAUGCUGCUGAAAUAACAGGAAUUUUUUUCUUCUUGUUC